GAAGGAAAGCGAUGGAAAAUCGAUGACCAUUUAUUUUCAAAUAAAAUGCAAAAGAUGGAAAAUGUUACUUCUACGAAGUUUAAAUGGAUCGGGCUUCAACAACUUGUGAUGACAAGCGGAAUCAAAAUAAAUAUUUUCACCAUAGUUUUCGUUUCCAUUAAAAUUUGAAAUGUUAUCAUUUUUCAGGUAGUUUGGGACCCCCGCCGAAAGCCCUUUCAAUCGGCGAACCUGCAGCGUGAUCGGUCUCUGUCACCAAAGAAGGAAGGUCCAGCGUCUAAGCGGUUAGCGCAGAAGGGUGCGACGUUAUGGGGCUCAUACUGGCGACGGAGGUCGGCCUUAAGAGGGGCGAAUGUGGGUUUCCCGUCGGAGAGGGUGAAGCUAGUAUAUAGCGCCGGCCUUUCUUUCGCGCUGAUGGGAAGAGCGAGGGCGGCAUUUGAUUUUCUCUCUGUAAAUAGACGUCGGAGGGGCGGAGCCUAACUUGGGAGAGGGGUGGUACUGGUGGUCAGGGCUUUCCCUCUUUCGUCGUUCUCUUUCUUCUAACUGUCUCUUCACGGGGAAGUCCGUAGAGAGUUGGAAGGGUUUACCUUUGCGCAACGCAUUCUUUGUUGUGGGGUUCAACGUCGUUUCUUCAUGGUUGAAAAUGAUAAGAGUUAGUUGUAUUAAAGAGAAUGGAUGCAUCACAGAACCACCUUCCUAUGGUAUCAUUUGCUGCGUUGAUAAUGUCCCUCGUACACAUGGCUAUACGAAUUUCACGCUCAUGCAGUAGUAUAAAUGGGGAAGAAAUUCUUGAUCAAGUAGAAUCCAAUAUUCGACCUCCUAGUUGGUACUUUACCAUCAGUACAAGUGGAACUUGUUUGUGAAACUUGUGGUGGAUCGCGCUUCUCUGAUUGUUUUAUCAUUUGUCAGAAGUGUAGUUCUUAUGCAGUGCAUCGGCUAAUUGAUGAUGAAAUAUAAAGGUCUACUCUAACUGGAUCCGAAUCUGGGAUGUCACUAAACCACACUGCGUCAAUUUGCCAUUAUUGUCUUGGUGAAGUGAAAUGGAGUGGUAUAGAAGUCAAUUGGCAUUGUGAAAGUUGCUGUUUGAAGUGCUCUGAAAUUACUCCUUCAAUCGACAAGCAAGAUCUUGUUGCUAAUGAAGUGAAAGAGGACAAUGCCAUGGGCACUUCCAGACUACUGGCUAAUGUGAAACAAACUUCUGUUGCAAAUAUGAAUAUGGUUAGAAAAGUUGGCAGCAAAAGGAGACGAAGGAGAUUAAUUUUGGAGGAUGAGGAUGUAGAUGAGGAUGUGGUGCCACGAGAGGCUGGUUUGAAUGUGGAUGAGAAUAAAAAUCCUGAAGUUGAAACUGAUAGGAAUUAUCAAAAUUUGGUGAAUCUGGAGCCUGAUGUGGAUUAUGCAAAUGGUGUUAAGAAACUUGACAUGAGAGGUUGCACAUUUCCUGAGUCAUCAUCUAGAGAUGUUAACAAUGAUUUGGGUCAAAGUCUGGGCUUGGAAGGUAAUGUAUGCGAGAAUAUUUCAUGCAACCCAACGUUGGAUGAAGCUUCUAACUACAUGGAAGGCUGGCCAUUGUUUGAGCCAGUGUGGAGUGGAAGCUUUUGUAUUCGCGGCUACCGGUAUGGUGAAAUGAGAGCUCACUUGUCAAACACAGCAUGUGAAAAAGUUUUUCUUGUGGCAAGAAGUAUGCCUACAAGGCUUUCUAUACACGUCCAUCAAAGAUCUGAUGUUUGGCCUAAAAGCUUUCAGAAAUCUCCUCCCCAUGGUGGACAUAUUGCUUUAUAUUUUUUCCCCAACUCCAACUCUGGAAAGGAUGAGCAUUCAUUUGAGAUGCUUUUGGAUGAUUUAAUCACUUCUGAUCUCGCUUUAAAGGUCUGUUUUGAUGAUUCGGAGCUGCUGGUGUUCCCUUCCCUUCAGUUGCCAGAACCAUACCACCGUUUUCAUCAAAGAUAUUACAUAUGGGGGGUUUUCAAAAAUAAGUCAAGCGAUGGAUUGCCUCAUAUUGAUGGAAGUUUGCGAAAAGGAAGAGCCAGCUUGCACUCAUCGGAUCACUUGCCCGGAAGAAUAAUCGAUUCAGUUGAUUCUUUGCCUUCCAUAAUCUCCUCUCCAUCUUUAUGUUCACCUACACCUGAUGAUAUACAGCCGCAUGGAAUGGUGGAUUCAGUCAAAAUCAAACUUAGGAGCGGAAGCAAGGAUUCUGUUAUGUGCAAAAUGGUGCUUCCACACGCAUGCUUAUCACAUCCUCAACAAUUGGAGCCUAGCCAUUGUGAAAUAAAAAAGCUUCAAAGGGAUGAGGUGACUGAGAACGUGCUUCUUCCUUUGGAUAUGAAGACCUGCAACUCCGUGCUGAAAAGGAGCGGAUUGUGCCAGCAAGACUGUAAUUCUAGCUUUGAGUUUCCUGUUUUUUCAAAUGCAGAGGAUGGCGUCCCUAUAGUAGGGAAUCGUCAACCUGAACUUGGUGAGGUGCAAGAUGAUACAUCCAACUGUUUGAAUCUUUUCCCACUUGCAGGUGAGGAUCUUGCUGUAAUGGUUAGAAUGGGGGACAAUAGUGGGAUUAGUCUUGAACUGGGGCUCAGUCGGAUGACUGCGAAGCGGGGUGGUAGUUAUAAGAAUACAAAGCCUCUGGAACCUGGAAGAAGUUUACUAUGCUGAUUUCAUGAUUCCCACGAUUCCGGUUGAGCUUUUGAGGUGACGAAUGUCUUGACUCGAGUCAAGAAUCAUUUUUGGCUUCUGCUCGAUCCGAGUUUCUGCCUUCUCACUCAAUUUUCAUUUGUAUUAACACAGCCCGCUUCCGCGUUUCACUAGAAGAGCCAAAGAGAUCCAGAUAGUGUAAAGUAUUUGGCCAAAUUGAGGUGCAGAAGCAGGUUGCAUUUGUUAUAUGACUAUUGUUGUACAGUUUGUGAAGAUAUUUGCAUCUAGUAGCCUGGAGCAUACAAAUUUAGGGACGAUCGCGUA